GGGACCUUAGAUUGUAAGCUCCUUGAGAGCAGGAAUCAGGGGCGGACUGACCACUGGGGAACUCAGGCACCGCCCGAGGGCCCGGGGUCAGUAAGGGGCCCCAUGAGAUGCCCCUGGUACCUUUUUCAUAGGCUUUUUUGAGUUUGCGCAAGGACACAGGGGCCCCAUGAUCCCCUAUUGCCCGGGGGCCCCAUGAGUUGUCAGUCCGCCCCUGGUCCUACAACAUUUGCUUAACACCACCAAGUCCUGUAUUGAACUUCUCUGCUCCUCCCCUUACCUCAGCCACCCCCUC